AUGGCCAAAUCUGAUAAAAACAACAGAAAAAAUUGUCUCAACUUCAAGGCCACUGAGUUGAGACUCGGGUUACCUGGUUCCGAGUCACCAGACAGGGAUGAUGCUGAUGGGAACUGGGACCUGGUGGUGCUUUCACUGAAUAGCUACGCGGUGUCAGGGGCUAAGAGGGGAUUCUGUGAUGCCAUCAAUGGUGGUAGGGGGUCUGCCAAGUGGGUCAUCUCCUCUGGAUCUGAAGCUGCUGCUGUUGAUUUGGGCGCUAAAGGUCCUGGUGGUAGUGCUGGCAUGUUGUUCUCUCCUAGAGGUGCUGCUAUGGCUGUUGGCGGGUCGAGCUCCGGUCUAGGUGGUUCGGUUGUUAAGGAUGGUGCGGUGCCUCAGUCACCGAAGCUCGUUGGGUUGGUGCAGGAUAAAAAGACUCAGGAUGCUGGUCCUGGUGGCCAUGGGCUUGCUCCUGCUUCAAAGUAA